AUGAGCAUAUUGAAAAAGGCCUUCUUUGUCACUUGGCUAACUCCGAUCGAGUCGUCGGCAAUUUCGAAGGGCGCCACCUUUCUUGAGCAAGUAAAGCACAAACCUUUGAUGGUUUCUUCUCUCUUUGGAUCUUCUAACAACUCGAAUAACACCAAUCAAACUAAGAAGACAUCAAUGGGAUCGAUGAAAGCCACUGACAACCAAGCGCCAGCUCUAUGUGGCACCUCGUCUUUCAAUCAGCAUCCCAACAAAGGCUACACCCUCUCCCACGUUUACUGUGAUCACAUUCACAAAGGUUUAGUCAGCAGCUCGUCUUCGAACAAUGGGCAGUCUGGCAGUUUCCUUAAUGCCAACUGCGCCAACGGAGGUCCGGCGGUUCACUUGGUCAAUCAAAAACAAGUUCCAAAUCGGACCUUGCCUGCUAGUAAAAGCCCCUUUAGAUCAUCGCCCAACCAAACGAAUUCACUACCAUCGACUAUUAGGAAUGAGGCCGAUCCACCUUUGGUUCGUGUGUGGAACGGAGCCGGCGUCGAUUCUGGAACUGCCAUUCAACCGAAUUCACACUACGCUACCUCUGGCCUUCGGGUCAACGGAAACACCAUCGCCGCCGCUCCCGUCUGGGAUGGACAGCAGUUGGAGUCCCUCCCCUCAGCGGGAAUCAGCCCCGAAAUGGCAAUAAGACAAUUCAAAAGCAAACUUACAGCGUAUGAGCUCACCGAAAUUCUCAACUACCCAAAUAUCUAUUUUGUUGGACACAACGCUAAUAAGCGCCAAGCUGUUCCCGGCAGUGGAAAGAAUUACGGUUUUGACGAUGACCAAGGUUCGUACAUCCACACCGCUCACGACCACGUCGCCUACAGGUACGAGGUGUUGAAGAUUCUGGGAAAGGGUAGUUUCGGUCAGGUGGUGAAGGCAUUUGAUCACAAGACCAACACAUUUGUCGGCCUAAAAAUGGUGCGGAAUGAGAGGAGAUUUACGAAACAGGCGGCAGAAGAGAUACGCAUUUUGGAACUGCUUCGAGACCAGGACUUAGACAAUAGCCGCAAUGUGCACGUUUGCAUGACGUUUGAGCUGCUCAACAUGAACCUCUACGAGUUGAUUAAACGAAAUAAAUUCCAAGGCUUCCCUCUCCCCCUAGUCCGCAAAUUCGCACACUCCAUCCUCAUUUGUUUGGACAUGUUGCAUCGGAAUAAAAUCAUCCACUGUGACUUGAAACCGGAAAACAUUCUCUUGAAACAACAAGGACGAAGCGGAAUUAAAGUAAUUGAUUUCGGCUCAAGUUGCUUUGAACACCAACGGAUCUACACAUACAUUCAGUCAAGAUUUUAUCGAGCUCCUGAAGUGAUCCUGGGCUGCAAGUACAAUGUCUCAAUCGAUAUCUGGAGUUUCGGAUGUAUCCUUGCGGAGUUAUUAACUGGCUCUCCGCUAUUUCCCGGUGAAGAUGAAGGCGAUCAACUGGCCUGCAUUCUUGAGGUUCUUGGAAUGCCUCCGCAAAGGCUUCUCGAACAGAGCCGCCGAAUGAAGCACUUUUUCUCCACAACGCACGGCUGUCCCCGUUACUGCAUGGAAGUAACUAAGGAUAACCGCGUGAUCCUGCGGCCGCACAAGACGCCGCGAGGCAAAACCCGCGACAUACCGGGCUCCCGCAGCUUGAAAACGGCCCUCAAGGGCUGCGAAGACGCCGCGUUUCUUGAUUUUCUCUCUCAGUGUCUUCAGUGGGCCCCCGAGGACAGGAUAACGCCUCGUGAAGCUUUCCGACAUGAAUGGCUUCGACGACGCACCACCAAAGCUCAGGGAAGCGAUGGCAUCACCACGCGGUCCACUGGCACACAAGGAGCCAGCGGUGAAUCCAGAAACCUCCUGAAUUCCAUUUCAAUUGCAAAUAGCACUUCGAUAUCCGUGAAUCAUGCAGCCCUGCAACGAGUUCCACACUAUGUUGCACAGUUUUCGGAAUCGCAGUCUCAUGCCGGAGAGUCCAGCGUUGCGGUUUCUGGGCGAAUGAGUCCUCACCAAUUCUCCCUUCAUGGAAUGCCAACGCUGAAGAGUUCCGCUACUGGCAACCAAUGCCAGAGUACAGCCACGGAUGUACCGUCAUCGUUCACCUUGCCACCUGGACCUCCGCCUGUCCAGAUACAGAAGAUAAUCACGACCCAACGAAGCGGUUCACCAACGACCACGUCUGCAAAACCAAAUCCAACAUUGGCUGACACCUCACCAGGGGCCGGGGACAAACGCCGUUCUGAGCCACAAUUCCACUAG